UCACAAAGGAUGAACUUGUAGCAUUUAAAUAUUGUCAAAGUGCAGUGAUACUUAUCGGUCUUUUGGUUGUAUCUGACGAACUACUCCUUGAUGAAUUAAUUGAAGGAAAAGCUGGUUAUGGCCUCAGAAGUUUCAAGUUUGCUAUUGUUAUCAUCAUUAUGGAAUUAGUACUAGCAUGA